AUGGCGGAGAAUACUCCAUCACCAGAUAAAUCUAUCCCAAAGUCAUCGCCGCGGGAGCGGAUGAUACCGCCGGAGCCAAUCGGCCACCUUGACGUUGACGCCGAGAGUGUUGCGGACGAUGAUUCGGCGAUUGGAGAAAUCGAUGAAGAGAGCUCAACAGAUUCGUUGACCGCCACCAUCUAUAAAUACAGAGAAGAGAAUGGACGCACAUAUCACGCUCACAAGGAUGGCGCUUAUGUUGGCCCAAACGACGAUAUAGAGCAGGAUCGCUUAGACUUCCAACACGCGCUCUGCCUUCUCACUCUGGAUAACCAGCUGUUUCUUGCUCCAAUCUUUCGGGAGGGAGGCAUUUCUGUGAACAGAGUACUCGACGUUGGCACUGGGACUGGAUGCUGGGCAAUCGAUUUCGCAGAUGAUCAUCCCGAGACGGUCGUUAUCGGGGUUGACUUGAGCCCUAUCCAGCCUUCAAUGAUACCUCCCAAUGCCCAGUUUCAAAUCGACGACCUGGAGGAUGAUUGGACUUUCUCGGAGCCAUUCGACUUCAUUUACACUCGAUUCAUGACUGUGUCUUUCGCGAACUGGCCUCGUUUCUUCGACCAAAGCUUCACGAAUCUAAACCCUGGGGGUUGGAUCGAAGUUCUGGACAUUCUUCCUCCAACUUCUGACGACGGUACUAUGUCUCCCGAUACAGCACUCUACAAAUGGUCGAACUUGUUGCUCGAGAGCACCGAAAAGAUUGGUCGACCAUUUGGCGGAACAGCAAACCUCAAAUCCCAGAUGGAAGCAGCCGGCUUCAAGAACAUCUCACAGCGAAUCUACAAAUGGCCGCAGAACCGCUGGCCGAAACAUCCAAAGUACAAAGAACUGGGUUCGUGGACACUUGAGAACAUCUCAGGUGGUCUUGAGGCAAUCAGCACCGCUUUAUUCACUAGAAUACUGGGUUGGUCUAAGCCUGAGUUGGACGUUUUCCUCGUUCAAGUCAGAAAGGAUAUUAAAAAUCCGUCGAUACAUGCAUAUUGGCCUAUAUAUAGCAUUUACGGACAGAAGGUUGAACUUUAA